CAACGAACCAAGACCUGAACAAUUUUUACAGUUAUCAGAAAAUUUGAUAAGAUUUAUGUGAAAUAAUGUUGCCCAAAAAACCUUAUUCUGUCCUUUCACUUGCAGCUGCUACAUAGGUAUGCAUACAUAUACCUAAACUUCUUAUAUUUCAGUCUGUAUUUUAGAAAACAGAAAUGAAGUUUAUAAUGAAACAGCCUAAAUCCAUGACAUGAUUAAAAAAAGAAUCAGUAAACAUGUAUGACGAUUUUCCAUAUGUUGUCUCAGAAUUCUUCAAAAAUUAAAAUCACAGAAUUUAACAGUUUUUAUGGUCUCUGCAGACCUAUGCAAUGUAGAAAUGUGGGGUACGUAACACUGGGGUUAGAAUCUACAACUAUCAGUACACUUCAACCAGUUGAGCUGGAAUUUAUCUACACUGCAUGUACAGUACUUGGCACCUCAAACACAUUUUUGGAUUCUUCUGCUAGAUAUUUUAUAUUUAUUUAAUAGAUGGAAUAGGUGAUUAAUAUCUGUCAAGAUUUUGGGCAGGUGGAUAUUAAAAGUUCAGAUACAACAUGUACAGUGUAAAAAUAGAAACUAGUUAUCUGCCAAUUUUGCAAAAAAUGCCCCAAGAAGAAUUUGGUUAAUGAUUCAUGUGAUAGGGAAAUUGGCAAUGUAUGAAAAAUCAAUUACACAUUGCUAUUGAGUUUAAAUUAGUAUUGAUUAUUUUUGAAAAUAAAUAAUUGGAAUUGUUGGGACAAUGGAACAUGUAGAAGAAGGCCAGACAUGUUAAUGGUCAGUGACCCAAACUGAAGUCGAGUGGAAUUAAACGAUAACCCUCUCCACAUGUCAUAAACCCUGUUAUCAAAUGGUCAGCCUGCAGUAUAUAUAAGGUAGAUACAUGUGCUUCUGUUAUCAUUGCAUGGAGAUGAACACAUAAUGACCACAUGUUUACACAUGUGCUUCGUUGACCAUAAGCAGAGUGUACAAUAGUACGUGCCUCACAGUUAUGAAAAUAUGUUUGGAGUUUAAUCAAUUAUUGUUCAUGUGCAGGACCAAAGCGUAAAUAUUAUAUGGACUAUUUUGUGUACAUUAACAUAACUUUGUGAGGUUCAAUAUUAAAUUGUCAUUUAUACUAAAUUGCAGGCCAGAUUAACAUCAUUCUGACGAGAAGAUGCCUGGAAAUCCAGUGGGGGUCUUAUUUGAUCCAGUGGAGAUGGUGAAUCAAUAAUGGUCAAAUAUGAAUCGAAAAGUCCUACAAGGAUUAUCAUGAUUAUCUCCCUUCAGCAAAAGAUUAUUUCCAAUGUGAACAGACAUUGUACUUUAAAGUAGAGACUAAAUCUUCUAUCAACUAUAAAGAUUAAAGGAUCCAGAAGAUCAGUCUAAAAUAUAUAAGUACUUUGAUGUACACCCAUCUGCUGUGAGGAUCUACCGUACCAUCUGUCCUUAACUGUCUGACAGCCAAUAAAAUUAAAAAAAAAAAAACCCACGAACAAUGAAUAACGUUAAUAUACAUCGACUGUUAACCACAGGUGUAGAAAAAACCAAUGAUGAAACAUUAUCUCAAGGAUGUUCAUGCUCAUAUAUUAACGGACAUUCACACUGCAGUCUGUUAUAAUUUGACUAGAGGAUCACUGUGCAUGCUUGAAGACAGGAAAUAUAGCUGUUAAUAAUUUAAGUGGAUAAAUAAAAGUGAAGCAAAGAAAACGAAAGUAUAAUUGGGAAAAAAAUUUCCUGCGCUCUAUUUGAAUAAUAUCAUUAGGGGGAAAAAAACACCAACAGAAUUGCCAUCAAUGGAAGCUAACUCGACCAAUUUGACAGCGCCCUCUACUGGUGGAGCGACUGUGUCCAUAGAGAACUUAUACCCUGCCAUCGUUCAGUGCUUUGUGAUUAUUUUGUUUGGAUACAUCGCAGGAAGAUGGGACGUCAUCACUUCCGCUCAAGGAAAGGGAAUCGGGACAUUUGUAUCCAAAUUCUGCUUGCCGGCGCUAUUGUUCAAGAAUAUGUGUAUUCUGAACUUUGGUGAUGUGAACUGGAUAUUUUUGCUGUGUAUUCUUAUCGCCAAGUCUGUAGUCUUCUUUCUUGUGAUGGCCCUCUCUUUGUUGAUCAAACGACCUCGCAAUUAUGGGAUAGCAGGACUUUUUGCCAUCUUUGCCACUCAGAGCAAUGAUUUUGCGCUUGGUUUUCCAUUAUUACAAUCUCUGUAUGCAGACACACACCCUGAGUACCUGAAGUAUAUUUACCUGAUAGCUCCAAUCUCAGUGAUCGUACUUAAUCCGAUCGGGUUUGUCCUGCUGGAAAUACAGAACCACAGAGAGCGGGAAGCAGAGAACUCUUCUGUAGAGAUCAAAGGUGAAGGGUCGUGUAUGCCUCUGUCCAUUGGUUUACACGUCAUCAAAGGGGUCGUCACCAAUCCCAUCGUGUUCAUGACAGUCAUAGGAAUCAUCGGCAAUUUUGUGUUUCACAGGAACAUUCCAGAUGUUUUGUCAGACAUAUUGGAUGUGUUUGGUGAUGCUUUUGCUGCAUCUGCCCUGUUCUACCUUGGAAUGAGCAUGGUCGGAAAAGUCAAAGGACAGAUCAGCUUGGCUAUGGUCGUUCCAUUGCUGCUGAUAGGGGCCAAAGGACUCCUGUUGCCCCUGGUAACCUGGCUGGUCGUGGGAGGAAUCGAGCGGAUCAGUGACAACACUAACUCCACGUCGGACGCCAUGUUUGGCUUCCUGUACGGAACAUUCCCCACAGCGCCCUCUGUCUUUCUUUAUGCUAGUCAUUACUCCACAGCCACGGAUCUGGUGGCGACCGGUAUGGUGGCGGGGACGUUCCUGGCGGCCCCCCUGAUGUUCGUGUCCGCGCGGAUGCUGAGUGUCGUGGUGGUCAGUGAAAUGGACUACAAAGAUCUCCUUCUCCAGACAUCCUUCGACGCCAGCGUCAUCAGCAUGGUCGCUUGUGUGUGGGUGCUGAUCAUAAUGAUCGCCAGCAAGCGGUUCAAGAGGAUACCCCACCAGUUUCUAGUCUGUCUUAUUCUGUCUCAUUUCAUCUCGUGCUUGGGUAUGGUGAUUUACAGCUACAAAGACUGUAAGGAGGAUAUGGCGACAUGGAAGCACUACAUUGAGUUCACCAUGAUCCUUGCGGGCACGCUCGCCACGCGGUGCUGGGCCAUGGUGAUCGCGGUGACCCUGUAUCUCAUCCACUGCCGCAGUCUCUGCUUCGUCCUCAGGUUCAGGGGAUGCUUCUACCUACUGGGUUUUGGUGCUCCAUUGUUCUUCACCGGAAUCUUGUUCCUGUUUGGCAAGCACCACAUGCACGACGAGAUUGAUCCGUCCUUCCACUAUGGAACAGACCAGUCCAUCCUUUCUGUCGUCUUCAUCUUAAUUUGCUGUGUGGUCACCAUUGUCUGCCUCGUUCUGAAGCAGCGGAAUGGCCGUGAUUACAAACCGCUCGCCACAGACGACCCAGAUGUCGAGCAGUCCAUCAAGGUCGGUAAAAUGAAAUCCAAGGUCAGAAAGAUCAAUGGCAGGGUCACCAAGCUGGGAGCCGACAGAACCUGUCAGAUCCAGAUCAAUUCUGAGUCGACCAAUCACAACACUUCUUACAAAAACGCUUGUAAUGACUGCGACCAGGGAUGUACUGGAGGUAUAGGAGGGUCUCACCCCGAAGUCCGAACCAGAAACCCUCAGCACAUACAAGUGGAGGAAAGCAUUGAGGACAUAGUUCCCUUCCCGUCGGAGAGCAGUAACCUUUUAUCGGACAGUUCUGAGAGUAGUUCCGAGACUCAUCUCACCCUGACGCGCUCCACCGAGGACCAGACCUGUAAAUACGGAUCGUGUUCACGCGAACAGAGGCGGCAGUGUAUGGGGCGACUGAGAGCAUACCAGUCGUCCGUGGCAAACGUCGCCAUCGGUGAUGACGGAGUCCGUGUCAAUCAGCCACGGCGUUGUCCCAAGGACGAGUACCAGACAAACCGUUUUCUGGUUCUCCUGGUGCUGCUACUGCUGUCCAUGUUCAUUGGUCUGUUCCUGUGUACAUGGAGACUGUUUAACAACCAGAUCUCAGGGAUAUACGUGGAAAUGGAGUUCCUGGACGCAGUCUUUAAUUACGGACAGGGUUUCAUUAUAUUGGCCAUAUUUGGUUUUGACACCAAAUACAUCUUUCUUCCAUUCAUAAGAAGUCUGACAACAAACGUCCGAAUCAAAUGGCUGAACCUGCUUUGUCUGAGGUGGCGCCGUUUCCUGUAUGGGGUGGAAGUCGUGCAAAUUCCAGAGAGAGGGGACCUAGACGAAGAGACAGUUCAUUUGUGUGAACAGUUCGUAAAGUACCAUAAAGAGAGCUGUGCUGGAAAGAUUGUCAGAGACCAAAAAUUCAAUUUCCGGGAGUACAAGGAUGUGUUCACAGGACUGGAGAUGUGUGAUUGGCUGAUAGAAGUGGGUUUGGUUCACGACCGCGGUGAAGCGGUCAAGUAUGGGAGAACGCUUCUGAUUGGUCGAGUGAUAGCACAUGUUAAAAAUGAACACCAUUUUCACGACUUGCCGUAUUUCUAUUUCUUCCUUGAUGAUGAGGAGGCCAUUUUAAGGAGUAUAACAGAAAACACAUGAGAACUUGUGAUUUAUGCUAGUAUUUUUGCUUAGAUUAUUUAUUUUUUGUAUUUUAGAUUUGUCUCUCAAUGUUUUUGACAUGUAAUCAUUGAAAC